AUGGCCUCUUUCGCUGAUGAGAAGCGCCCCAGCUUGGAGAAGAUCGAGAAUGCGAACCUCCCGACAUUGAAUGCGCUGGACUAUGACGAGGAGUACUCGCCUGAGGAGCAGAAGCGGAUUAUUCGGCGUGUUGAUCUUCGUCUCGUCACGAUUACCGGCCUUGCGUACUGUGUUUCACUCAUCGAUCGUACCAACUUGAGUAAUGCCGCUAUUGCUGGUAUGGUGGAGGAGCUGCAUCUCUAUGUUGGAUACAGAUACUCGAUUGUCGUUCUCAUGUUCUUCGUUCCCUAUAUCAUUGCGCAGCCUCCACUCACUGCUUUCACUAGGAAGUUGGGCCCGACUUAUUUCCUCGGGAGCAUCGUGAUAUCUUGGGGAGCCAUCCUCAUUGGCAUGGGUUUCGCUAAGAACUGGAAUCAUCUAGUCGCUUGCCGUGUGCUUCUUGGUCUCCUCGAGGCCGGUUACUUCCCUGGCUGUGUUUAUCUCUUGUCCAGUUGGUACGCUAGAUAUGAUGUCCAGAAGCGGUUCUCCGUCUUUUACCUGAUUGGCUGCGUAGCCUCGGCGUUGGCUGGUAUCUUGGCUUAUGGCCUGAUGCAGAUGGAUGGAGUUCAGGGCCUCGGUGGCUGGAGAUGGAUCUUUAUCAUUGAGGGAGUGAUUACUGGUGUCAUCGGAAUCUUAGCCAUAAUCUUCCUUGUCGACUUCCCGGAUCGGGCUCAUAAGUCACGGAGAUUCCUUAGCGAGAAGGAGUGCGCUUUUAUUGUGCGCCGCAUCAACCGGGACAGGUCCGAUGGAAAUGCAGAGCCAUUCAUCCUGAAGCGGUUCCUGUCGCCAGCACUUGAUUUGAAGAUCUGGGGCUUCGCGAUGAUCUUCUUCUGCGUGACGACUGUCAGCUAUGCUAUUGCAUACUUCCUCCCGAUCAUUCUUUUCGUGGGCAUGGGCUUUGACACCGGUGUCUCGCAGUGCCUUGUUGCGCCCCACUACGCUGCCGCCGGCUUCGUGAUGUACGGCACUGCUUGGGUAGGAGACAAGUACCGCGUUCGUGGCCCUGUUCUGAUUUUCAAUGCUCUGCUGUGCAUCAUUGGUCUUCCCAUGAUGGGUUUUGCCAAGAACAAUGCUGCACAGUACGUUGGCGUCUUCUUCACCGUGGCCGGCUCCAACGCGAAUAUCCCCGCUGUCAUGGCGUACCAGGCCAACAACAUCCGUGGCCAGUGGACCCGUGCCCUGUCUAGCGCCGCGCUCGUCGGCUUUGGAGGUAUUGGUGGUAUUGCGGGCAGCCUGGUCUUCCGCGAGCAGGACAAGCCCCACUACCGACCGGGUAUCUGA